ACCCGUCAAAACAAGACCAAUAAACUAACUGUUCAAAAUUCUCAAGUCCAAUAUCGGACUCCCGGAAAGAAUUCCUACUUCUCCGUCACCGCCCUCCGUAACUGUCGCCUGAGAUGACAGUGAAUUCAAACCCUAAUCAUUCGUAAUGGAAGUCGGAGAGGAUUAUGCAGAUCAAUGCUGAAUCAAUUCAAAGAAACGCUCAAAGCAUCAGAAUUUCGACACCUUGCAAAACUCAAUCUUCAAUUUCAAUGGCGGCUGAUCGUCCUCUGAAGCGGCAACGUCAAAAUAAGGUAUUGCCUGAUAAUCUUAUUAAGGUUAAUUAUACUAAAACUUCUCCAGUUAUCGUAUUAGCAUUAAAUGCAUCAUCUAAUUAUGCACUGGAAACUAGAAAAUUAGCGAAAAAUCGAAGUAAAAAUGGUGGUAGUAUUAGGGCGAAGAAGCGUAAUGUUGAUAAAGGGAAACUGGUUGAUGAUAAUUGCAUCAAUGUUGUUGAAUGUGUUUCUCCUUAUUUUAGCAACAAAGGGAAGAGGAAGGGUGAUGUGGGAGAAGAUUUGGGGGGUCAGGGUAAGAGAAUUGACGUGAGGAGAGAGAAUUUUGUGUUGGUGAAUAGGGGAAAUGAUGGGUAUGAGACAUUGUUGGGUUUUGAACGACAUGCUGAAGUUUCUGAUGUGAUGGUUAAAGACAAGGAGAAGGAUAGGGUUUUAGAGGGAAAUCAAGGGGGAAGGGAGACUCAUGUUGUUGUGAUGAAUGACGAUGAGACGAGAGUCGUUUCUCCCUUUUUUGUCAAGAGUGGAAGUGUGGGGAAGGAGAAAAGGAAAAGGAAGAAGAAAGUAUGUGGCGAAAUUCAGAAUGCAGGGAGAAUUGUGGUGGAGAAGAGGGGGAUUGACGGGAUUUAUCAUCGUAUCGAGGAAAACGAGGUGGAUAUGGCGGAGAGAAAUUCAUGUAUAGGGUCGUUGUUGGAUCUUCGAAGGAGAGCCGGUGUUUCUGACAUGGUGGUUAAACAUGAGGAGAAGUAUGACGUCCUUGAGGGGAAGAGAGGGGAAAGGGAAGCUCCUGUUAGUAUGACGAAUGACUAUGAGAAGACAGUUGUUUCCCCAUAUUUUGUGAAAGGUGGCGAUGGCAAGGAGAAAGAGAAGAAAAGGAGAAGGAAGAAAUCAGAACGAUAUGAUCAAUUGUGGGGAAAGAUUGUGAAUGUGGAGAAGAGGGAAAACUGUGGCGAUAUUUCUGGGAGGGAGACGAGUGAGCAACAUGUUGAGGAUCACUGGAAUUCACUAAGGGAGGUGUUGUUGGUUUUUCAGCAAAAAGCUGAUGUUCCUGAUGUGGUGGUUAAACACGAGGAUAGACAUGAAGAUUUUGAGGAGGAGAAAAGUGGGAGGGAGUUUUCUGCUGGUUUGAUGAAUGAGAAUGCGAAUGAGAAUGCGAAUGAGAAUGAGAAUGAGAAUGAGAAGAGAGCUGUUUCUCCAUAUUUCGUGAAGAAUAACAGCAAGGAGAAGAAGCAAAAACAGAAAAGGGAAAGAAAAACGCAUAGUGAUCAGUCGUGUGGCAAAAUUGAGAAUGUGGUGAAACUUGUGUUGGAAAAGAAGGAAAUUGAUUGCGAUCCUUAUGAUAAGGAGAAAAAUGAGCAGCAUUUUGAGGACACGAAUUCACCAAGAGGUAGGGUGUCAUUGGAUCUUCAAAGAAGAGUUGAUAGUCCUUAUAUGGUGGUGAAACACGAGGAAAAGCAUGAAGACCUUGAGGAGAAGGAAAGAGGAAGGGAUCUCCUUGAAAGUAAGAUGAAUGAUGAAGAGAAGAGGGUUGCUUUUCCGUGUAUAGUGAAGUGUGACAGCAAGGGGGAGAAAACAAGGAAAAGGAAGAAAAAAGUUCAAAAUGAUCAACCAUGUGGUGAAAACGAGACUGAGGCCUUCAAUGUCAUGUCACCAAAAGUCGUUUCACCAUAUUUCGUGAGAAAGGGAGGUCAUGGCCAUGAAAACUCAAAAUUUGAAUGCAUGAAGGAAACCGAGAAGAAAGUAAGGAAGCCGAGAAAUAACAAGAAGAGAAUUUGUGAGGAUAGUAAGGAGUUGGAAACAGAAAAGGAAGUUAAAAAGCAGAGGAAGAGCAAGAAAAAAGGAACAUUUGUUGACCAAUGUUGUGCAAAGCAGAGUAAUACAGACAAGAACUUAGGAUUAGGGCUCCAAAGUGUUGUUUCUGCUGGUGUCAGAAUGAAGAUGGAUAGUGAAGCAGCACAUGAGAGGGGUUUGAAAAGAAUUGUGGUUACUUUAGAGUCUGCUAGCCGUCAGGACUUGAUCAAUCAGGGAAACUGCACAGCUAAGGUUGACGAGGAGGAACCUUUGCACUUUUUGAAGAUCAACACGAGUCUGAAUGGUCAGACUUUACAUGGUGAUCAAGAUGAUUGUGACUUGAUGACUAGCAGCAUCAACGGAAAGGAAAAAAAGAAGAAGAAAAAGAAAACCGUGUCUCCAAUGUGUGGCUCAGCAGCUGGCCUUGAUCCCUCAUCAUUGAGUUCCAGUAAAGAAGAUUUAGUGCAUGAUAACCAACACUGUCCGAAAGCUUCAGUGACCAAGGUAGUCUCUCCAUACUUUGAAAAUUCAUUGAGGGAAAAUGAGUGUGAUAACGGAAGAGAUAAGGCUGACUGUAAAUAUCAAAAAAAGAGAAGGGUUGACAGGACUAAGUACAUUAAGUUUGAAGAGGUACUUUCCAAUUAUGCUUACAAAGGGGACAACUACUUGAAUAAGGAAGAGGAAAAUGGGGGUAAGAAAGAAGAAGAUGGUAGUGCUGGAAAAGGUAAGAAGAAAGGUAAGAAGCAGCAAAACGGUACUCUAAGUGCUGCCGAGAAGCGAGCUGAUGCUUACCAAAGAAAAGCACCAGACUGUACCUGGAGGCCACCCUUGUCUCCUUACAAUCUUCUGCAAGAGGAGCAUGCCCAUGACCCCUGGAGAGUUUUGGUGACUUGUAUGCUUCUGAAUAUCACUACUGGACCCCAGAAUUGCUAGUGUGAUACAAAGUUUAGGGUUGCAUAGAAAAAGGGCAACAAUGAUUCAGCAAUUUUCUAGGGAGUAUUUAUCUGACGACUGGACACACGUGACUCAGCUGCAUGGGAUUGGAAAGUGAGUGAAUCCUACGCCUUUUCUCUUAGUACUGUUAGAAAUGGACCUGCAAAGUGAUCGACUUCAAGUGUAAGGCUCUAAAUAUGCACCAUUGUCCAUAUCAUUAAUCAUCAACAUACUUGGGUUUGUUUGUUUUUUAUUGUACAGGUAUGCAGCUGAUGCUUACGCAAUUUUUUGUACGGGUAAGUGGCGGCAGGUAACCCCAACAGAUCAUAUGCUGAAUUAUUAUUGGAAAUUUCUCCAAAAUCGUGGUCUCAAGGAGGUUGCUUUUUAAGUUAUAAUUUGUACUUGACCGUGAGCCAAUCCAUUUUAGAGUUUGGUGAGCUUUCUACCACAGUAGGGAAAGAAUUAGCAGAAAAAUUUCUACCACAGUAGGGAAAGAAUUAGCACAAAAUUUUGGUUUAUACUGUAUAUAAAAAUGUAUAGUGUAGUCUACUGAAGUAGUUUGUCAGAUUGAUAUGUAUAGAAUGUGCAACCAACCUUAACUUAUCCUGUUGGCAACGGGCUUGUUGGGAUUCGAACAGAAACCAAUGUAAUUGUAAUUGUAAUUGUAAUUGUAAUUGUAAUUGAAAAUGUGGAGUGGUUUUACUCACUAAA